AUGAUAACCAGUAUUUUAAAAUAUGUUUUGUUAUCAAUUAUGAUUUGCUCUUUUGAAUAUACCCAAAAUGAAUUAUACUAUGCAAACGAGAGAAGCAUAUACCUUCAGAGUAGUGUAAUAAAUUUUAGAAAUAAUAGGACAUUAGCAGAUGCAGAUAAUCAAUUCGAUUUAAAUCAUUUUUACGAAUCAGCUUUGGAUUUUGUAAAUGUAUAUAAUGCCUACAAUGAUGAUGACAAAGAAAUGGCAUGCCUUCUAAAUAUGAUAAAUUCACAUGUAAAUAAGAAUAAAGAAAAUAAUACAUUACCAAAUUUAAAUAAUAUAAGUGAAGAAGCGAAAAAGUUAAUAUAUGAACUUCAAAAUGAAUUAGAAGAAGCAAAAAAAGAGCUUGAAAAUUUAAGGAAUGGCAAAUUAGAAAUACAACCGAUACAAGAUAAAAACAUAACAGAACAAGAUGAAUAUAAUUCUGUAUCAGAACAUGAAGGCAUUAAACAAUUGGAAAAUGAAGAAAAUUUCUUGGAGAUUAAAGGUGAUAAUUUUGAAGAUAAAUAUUGUGAAAUUAUAUCAAGUAAUAAUUAUAAGAAAAUAAAAACGAAUCAAAAGUUAAUAGAAUCAGGACGAAAAUGCAUCAUGGCGAGUUUGACAUAUAUAGUAUCUUGUAUUUUGUAUAUUAGCGCAGGAUGGAGUGGGUUUACAAUAAUGCAUGUACCGUAUAUAGCUUCUAUAUUUAUUAAAUGGUACAAAUUUAUUAAAUUAGAAAUAAAAAAAAAACAAUAUACAUAA